AUGGCAUCUUUUGCAGCGGCUUUAAAACCACCGUUGCGGUGCACCCUCGCCUCGAAAAAGCGAGAAACACUGAUCAUGCCGAACCCGUUACGAAUGGGUGGAAAAUUGGUCGGGGAUACGUGGGUGAACACGUCCGAUUGCGAAGAUUUCAUCGAGGCGGGAUGUGCGAAAUUCCAAGCGAGUGAUUACCAAUCCGCGAUUACGUUCUUCGAGAAAGCGUUAACCGCGGAAGGCGCCGGGACGAAACGGGACCGAACGAAACCCGCGGAGUUAACGAUGGGUGAGAAACAAUCCGCGUAUUAUAACUUAACCGCGUGCCACGCGAAAAUGGAAAACUGGGAUUUGGCGUUUGCGAGUUUGGAGUUGACGUUCCAAAGCGGGUACGCGAACGGGAGGUUGUACGGAUUAGGAAGGGCCGCUCGAGAUUACGAACUUCUGGAGCAAGAUUUAGAUUUCGAAAAUUUGAGAAAAGACGAACGGUGGAACACGAUUUUGACGAAGUAUCGCGUCAAAGGAAGCGAAUUGGCGUUUCAGUUGGAUCCGUCGAACUCCUCCGUCGGCAAGGCGGUGGAACUCAUGUCGAAGCGAAAGAAGAAUACGUAA